UUUGUUUACCGUGAACCCCUUGUCCGUCCCGACAGAGGCAGUGAGCUGCACCACGCCCCGGCAGCAGCCCGGCCACUGCAUUCGCUUGCAGGGCUGCAAGGUCCUCUUGGACCUUCUGCGCACGGCGCGCAUUUCCACGAGGAGCGCGCCCAACCCGGAGGUCACGAUGCUGCUGAGGAGGUCCUUCUGCGGCUUCGAGGGAUACUCCGUUAAGGUGUGCUGCCCUGACCCUGGCGCCACGCAGCCCCCCGCGGAAAGCGAGGAGCCGGCCCUGGUCAAGCCGCUGUCCGGGCCCAACCGCCGGCCCACCGCGCGCCCCACCGGCCGGCCCGCGGCGGCCGGCGGCAACGUCGACUUCAUGCUGCCCGCCAGCCCGCAGCCCACCGACGCGCCCUACGAGUUCCCCGCGGCGACGGACUCCCGCCCGGCAGCAGCUGGUGGAAGUGGAGGCAAUGGAGGCUACGUCGGAUCCCCGUCGACGUCGUUCGCGCCAUCCUUCGGCUCCGGGGCCUCCGCCGCUGCGCCUUCCGCCUCGUCCGGCUCCACUCCCUCUGCGUCCACAACGUACCCACAGCCGGACCCCUCCAUGGGCGAAGACCUCGCCCUGUCACUGGGCGAGCCCGCGCCCUCGCCGCCCGACUAUCCUGUGGAGAACCUGGCGCUGCUGCCCACCGAGGUGUGCGGGCUAAGCAUGCACCGCGAGCAGCACGCCGACAGAAUGGUCACCAACCGGACGGGGAUCAUGCGCUACCCGUGGAUGGUGCGCCUGGCCUACAAGAAGGAGCCCAUAAAGUUUUGUGCUCGUCUUGGUGAGGCGCACGGUUAA